UCACGUCGGCCGGGCCCGGCCCCUGCGCACGCGCGGUGCGAGGCGAUAAAAAGGGUCGGUUGGCGGCGCGCGGUCACGUGAGGCUUUUUGUCCUUGUCCCCGUGGCGAGCGGCGGCAAAGACAACGACCGAGCGGAUACGAGGAGUUGCAUCUGUGGUAAAAUUGUCUCUGUGAAGAGGAAUUGAAAUCUUACCACCUGAGGGUCUUGGAAAAGAUUUAUAAAACCCCAGAAAAACUUAAUAAAACUCUAAAUAAACCUUACCGGGAACACACUAGGCUACAAAAACCUGAGAAGAAGGAUCAGGUGAAGACUGAAGCCAAAAUGCGUCCCAUGCGUAUUUUUGUCAAUGAUGACCGGCAUGUAAUGGCAAAACAUGCAGCCAUCUACCCAACUCAAGAAGAACUGGAAGCAGUGCAGAAUAUGGUGUCACAUACUGAACGAGCAUUGAAGGCAGUUUCUGACUGGUUGGAUGAGCAGGAGAAGGCCAAUUCUAAACCUGAAGUCACUGAAGAAACUGAGGAGCCUGCAACAGAGGGAGAGAACAAGGAAGGAAUGGAAGACCAUGACAACUUUACCAUGGAACAGAAGUCUACAGAUCUAAAUGCCAGCCGGACCCUACGAGGUGUGAUGCGAGUUGGGCUGGUUGCCAAAGGACUUCUUCUGAAAGGAGAUCUUGACCUGGAACUUGUACUGUUAUGCAGGGAUAAGCCGACUAAAUCGCUGCUGACCAAGGUCAAAGAUAAUCUGGCUGUACAAUUAGCGACCAUCACUAAGGAAAAGUAUGAAAUAGAUCCUUCAGAACAAGAUGCAGCGAUUAUUAUAAAGAAUGACAAAGAGGAACCACUAACCCUGAAGAUUAAACUGACCUCUCCUCUGGUCCGGGAAGAACUCGAGAAGGAGGCUGCUGGAGAAACAGUAACGAUGAGUGAGCCUGCGGAUGUAUUGGACAGGCAGAAAUGCCUAACCGCCUUGGCGUCCCUGCGACACGCCAAAUGGUUCCAGGCCAGAGCAAAUGGGCUGAAGUCAUGUGUCAUUGUCAUCCGAGUUCUCCGGGAUUUGUGUUCAAGAGUACCCACAUGGGCGCCACUUAAAGGAUGGCCGUUGGAGUUGAUCUGUGAAAAAGCUAUUGGAACUGCAAAUAGGCCUUUAGGUGCGGGAGAGGCAAUGAGAAGAGUCCUGGAAUGUCUAGCUUCGGGAAUUUUAAUGCUUGAUGGACCUGGGAUCUAUGAUCCAUGUGAAAAGGAUGCUAUUGAUGCUGUUGGUGCUUUUACCAGACAACAAAGAGAGGACAUAACACAGAGCAGUCAGCAUGCCUUGAGGCUGGCUGCCUUUGGACAGUUGCACAAGGUAUUGGGAAUGGAUCCAUUACCUUCUAAGCUCCCUAGAAAACCGAAAAAUGAAAAUCCAGUGGAUUAUACAGUUCAGAUUCCUCCAAGUGCAUUCAGCACCCCAGUGAAGAGGCCAAUGGACGAAGACUCCGGUGAGGACAAGUCUCCAAACAAAAAGAAAAAGAAGACCCAAAAGAAAGCAGCAGAAGAAAAGAUUGAGCCAGCCCAAGCUAUGAAUGCAUUGAUGAGACUUAAUCAACUACGGCCAGGUCUUCAAUACAAAUUAAUCUCUCAGACUGGUCCUGUCCAUGCUCCAGUAUUCACCAUGUCUGUGGAAGUGGAUGGAAAGAACUAUGAAGCAUCAGGCCCAUCUAAGAAAACCGCCAAACUUCAUGUAGCCGUCAAGGUUUUGCAAGAUAAAGGUCUCCCAACAGGAGUGGAACCUGAGAAAAUUGAAGAAUUGAUUAAAGUGGAACCCAAGCCGGUUGUUCCAGUCCCUGCAGCAGUGACUGUAAAACCACUUGUCAUAACUCCCGAGCCUGAGAGCACACGUCAGCAAGGUCCAAUUUUGACCAAACAAGGGAAAAAUCCAGUGAUGGAGUUGAAUGAGAAGCGCAGGGGGCUUAAAUACGAAUUAAUAUCUGAGACGGGUGGCAGUCAUGACAAGAGGUUUGUUAUGGAGGUUGAAGUUGAUGGUCAGAAAUUUACAGGCUCAGGUUCCAAUAAGAAAGUGGCAAAAGCCCAUGCUGCACUCGCUGCCCUGGAAAAACUUUUUCCCCACCAGCCUCCCAUGGAAGUAAAGAAAAAACGAAUUAUUCAGCCACAGCAACAUAAUAUGGGAUUUGGUGGUGGCAUGGGCAUGGGAGUGCUUCCGGCUGGACCCCCAGCAGGCCCUCCUGUACUAAGAGGUAGAGGCAGGGGACGUGGAAGAGGUGGCAGAGGUGGUUUCAAUGCUUCCAACAAUUCUGGUUACUUGUCUUCAGGGACUGGUUAUGGUGGGGGAAGCUAUGGAUAUGGUGGAGGAGGAGGAAGUGGUGGCAACUAUGGUUACGGAUCCUCUAAUUCUUCAAGUGGAUAUGGAAUGUCAAUAUGUCCAAGUUGGAAUGAUGGUUUUGAAGAGCCCAAUUGGAACAAUUCCAAUUAUAACACUUGUAACUACUACAACAGUGGCAGCUACUCCGGUUCAGGCACUUCAGGAGGGUACUCGUAUAGCCAGAAUGAUGGCUAUAAUACCCCUCCACCAAAGAAGCCAGCCAAGCCACAGCCCUCGCUACAGAAAUCAUCGUACAGCGGUGGAGGAGGAAGUGGCGGCAGUGCCAGUGGUGGUGGUGGUGCCGCCGCCGGUAGUGGUGGCGGUGGUGGUGGCGGAGGCGGCAGCGCCGGUGGCAGCGGAUACCAGUCUCCACCGUCCACCUACAGCCAGGGCCAGUACACCAGCUACAGCCAACCCCCACUUUCAGCCCCACCAAAGUCAAAAGCCUACAACAGUCAAAAUUACUCGUAUUCAGGAUCCUCCUACAGUAGUUCCUAUCCAAGUCAGAAUCUUGGUGCUAAUGCGGAAUAUGAACGGAAAGGUGGAUACACUAGUUCGACGUAUGGUUCUGGUGGCGGUAAUUCAUAUGGUGCUUCCAGCACAUCAGGUUAUGGAGGAGGCGGAAAUACUGGCGGCUCUUAUGCUGGAUACUCAUCCCAGAGUGGCUAUAAUGCACCAAUAUCUGGAGGAUAUGGUUCCGGUCAGUCGUCCUAUUCGAGCCCUGGUGGGGGCUAUAGCCGAGGGGACCACAUGAACACCUAUCAAUACAGAUAAAUCGUCAUGUCUUGGACCUGUCAUAGAAAACCCUAUAUCCCUUCUGUUUUAUUUUCUAACUGCUGUAUCUUUUUUUAUGCUGCCAAUGAAUUUUAAAAAACGCCCUGUAUGACCAUUGUCCAUGAGCACUGCAGACUCUUAUGGUUGAGAUUAAUAGCAUUCCUCUAGUAAGUAGUGCUGUGGUAUGUGAUGCUAUAUUGUAGUGUGUAGAAUCCUGACUGGAAUUCCAGCACCACCAACUAAUUGGCACAGGCUGCCUUCAACUUUGCUGUGGCAGAGAGCCCACUUCAAUAAUUCUGCAUCGUCAUAAUUGUAUAAAAUGUUAAAUUAUUAUUUUUUCUCAGAAGGUAGUGAAUAAAGGCCUUGGUAGUGGGCAUUGCUGUCAACUACUGACCAAAUAGUGCCAUGUGUUGGAUAAGAUACUGUACUGACAAAGAUCACAAUAGAUCAACUUGGUGUUGGCUUAUACUGAAUGAAGAUUCCCUUUUUGUUUUUGUGGCCCCAAAUGCUGUAAUACUAAAGCAGAACCUCUUUUUUUUUAAUUAUUCCUAUCCCUGUGUUAUCGGCACCAUCAAUGGUUCCUUUUUAAAAUUAGAUUUUAAAAUGGUGCACCUAAGCAAACCGGUUCCAGUGAUUCACUUUAAUGGGUCUUUUUUGCCUGGCAGUUGUGAUGCUUUAAUAUCCCGUCCUCUGUAAUGUAUAACUCCUCAAUGAUUUUUUCUUGCAGCUGUCUAGAAGUGGAGCUUUGUUCUGGAAUGUACUUUUCCUUUUCCCAGUUUAGUUUUAUAAUUGUGUGAUUAUUUUAAGAGACCAUGUUUUGUACUUUUUUCCCCUGUAUUAGUUGAACAGUAUUGCAGUUGACCUUCCUCAGUGGUUCAAUAAAAUGUUUCUAAAAUAAAACAACUGCUGAACU